AUGAAGGAAAAGUCUGUGAGUUAUAGGAAGUUCACUACUGUUAUUACUCACAUGGAUAGCAGAUGGCCUAAAAGAAGACUAGAGUUUGCAGCGGAAGUGAUUGUGAACGCAUUGCAAGAAAAGAAAGAGAUAGUUCUUCAGUCCCUUUCAUCAGCAGCUCUAGUUCCUGGAGUUGAUGUUAGCAAUGAUGUGCUUUAUCUGUAUGAGCAUGUGCUGCUAGGAUACCCAGAAUCAGAGUUGGUGGAGUUGGCUACUUAA